UCAGUUGCUUACCAACGGUUCGUCCGGCAGGUUGGUAGCGCAUCGAAUCGAAUGGAAAUAUCCGAGUCCUACCGGAACCUUAUCGCGCUCGUCAUUUUACUGCUUGUGCUGCCGGAAAGUGUGUACCUCAGGGGUCGUUUCGUGGCGGUGAGGGCGACGGCCACCAACGCAACCGUCGGCGAAGACCCGACCGAUUGCGACGUGCUCGGUUGCGGUGGCAGCUACGCUUGUUACGGUAAUGGUUGGCCCAACUAUCUGCCCUACCGGCCCGGCGAACGGUACAACAUCCCGCUGAGCCCAUUCCAUGUGGGGUCCAGCUUGCAGCAGGGCGAGCCAGAAUGUUUGCUCGGCAGUGCGAACAACUAUCUGCCCUGGGUGACGCAGGAAGGCCGGCUUACGGUGCGCCCGGGACGGCAUGCGCUCGAUAUGUCUAAUCUGUUGCUGAACGAUCGCGGCUUCGCCAGUUUGGUGCAGGGUGUCAGUGCACUGGUGCCACUUGAAGAAGUACAACAUCUCUCACUGGCCUACAAUGCUCUAACGCUCGUCCCAUCACCCUCGCUGAAAAAAUUCCCAAACGUACGUCUACUCUCCCUUAGUGGAAAUUUCUUUACCCAGUUCUACGAUGACUCAGUUGACCACAACAGGCUACCACUGCUUCCCAAACUUCGUGUGCUCGAUAUGCGAAACUGUAGUCUGCGAACACUUCCGGGCGAUUUUUUCAAGAACGUUGAUCUACAAUAUCUCUUCCUAUCGUACAAUCACAUCACAACGCUUCCGGCGGAGAUUUUCUACCCGUUGCGGAGCUUGCUUCAUCUAGACCUGUCCAAUAUGGACACACGACGCGUCGGUGAAGAGCGCAUCGAGAAUCCAUUUAUGAAGCUGAUCGCCGGUGUCGAUCUUCAUCAGGACAUGUUUUACCCACUCUCCAGUCUAGUGUUUCUCGAUCUGUCCAACACUCGGCUCGAGUAUCAAGCGUUCAUUGCGCUGCGAUCGAUUCAGCGGCGGGUAAAGUACGUGAGCUACUGCAACAUCGGUCUGCCAGCGAUCGUGGACUAUUUGUUUCUGGCGAAAUCGAUCGAAAUGCUUGACAUUUCGUACAACGUCGGUGUAGCGCAAUCGCUCCACUCCGCCAGCUUUACACUGCUCGCCAACAGCUUGGAGGUGCUGUACUUCAAAGACUCGAUGGUGCAGCAGCUAAACUGGUUGGCACCGUUGCAGAAGCUACGUGUGCUGAAUCUGCGUGGCAAUAUACUGCGCAUGCUGCAUCGGGAAAGCUUCACCAACUUGAGCAAUUUGGAGCAGCUCGAUCUAAGCUACAACUACAUCUCCGCCUGGAACCAGCAAGUGUUUACCACCACCGAGGCACUGCAGAGUGUAAAUCUGCGUAACAACAGUAUCGUCAUACUGACCACCGAUAUGCUGUACGAUUUCUCACGCCUAGCCGCGAUGGGACUGGGCGGCAAUACGAUCCAGUGCUCGUGUAACUACGUCAAGUUUUUGCGCAACAUUCUCCACAACAGGACGGAUGUGCCGGGUGCGUACACCAUUUCGGCGGAACCGUUGAUCGUGGGUAAGCAUGGAUCCGUUCCGCGUGUAGCAACCGUCAAGCUGUCGCUUCAGCACGUCCAGCUGUUCGAUUACGACGAGUCGGAGUACUUUUGCAUGAACUUCACCAGCAAUCAGAAGCUUGAUCCACUGGAACUGCUCGACUGUAUGAUACCGGAUGAUGAGCUGAUCAAUGCCGAUCUGCCGGAGCCGGAAGAACUGGUCGAGCAGGAACAUGCCAAGAAUCAUACCCUGGUGUACAUACUUGUUAGUGUAGCGGUCAGCUUCCUGAUCGUGUGUGCCGUUGGGCUUUUUUACUACUGGUUCCACAUAAAGUAUUUCUUUAAGAUCAUUAAAAAUUCGGCCGUGCUUAGCUUCUUCAACGACGAUAAGCUGUACCUGGAUAAGAGUGGACUGCUGAAGGAGGCCGAUUUCCACUACGAUGUGUUCGUUAGCUACAGUAAUGCGGAUCGGACGUGGGUGCUGGAUCAGUUGCUUCCGAACAUGGAGGGCGUUAUUCAGAUCAAUUUGUGUUUGCACGAGCGUGAUUUUGAGGUUGGAUAUGGAAUUUUGGAGAACAUAAUUUCGUGCAUGGAUCGAUCACGCUGCCUGAUGUUGAUAGUGUCUGAAAGCUUCCUGCUUAGCCACUGGUGUCAGUUUGAAAUGCAUCUCGCUCAGCAUAGAUUACUUGAAACGCGCAGAGAUGAGCUUAUCUUGGUACUUCUUGAGGAUCUCCCCAAGCGCAAAUGUCCCAAAACGCUCAGCUAUCUGUUGAAAACAAAAACGUACAUCAAAUGGCCAACGAAGUCGGUUGAAGAGCAGUUACUGUUUUGGAAACGAUUGCAUAAAGCGCUGCUGGCAGCAAAAGGAGCAUAGCAUACAGUCAGGC